AGGUAAUUUUCAUCUUGGAAGCCGUUUUAUCAAUUAAGGAAGGUUGACACAGUAUCUUUGUCAGGACCGACAAGGGGAAGCCGACAAGGGGAAGGAUGUUGUCGGUAAUCGGAACAGCAGAAAUAGAAAGUGAAAAUGUAACUGGAGCAGAACGCAACACUGCAACUAAACCAGUGAUGUAUAAUUCAGAGGAACAUUCCUGUAAUAAUUCUCGUACAAAUUACGUUAUAUAUUUGGAUGAUAAUAAUAAUUCCGACAAAGAAAGUAGAUCAACUUUAGUUGAAACCAAACCCCGAUUUAAAAGUGCUGUCGAAUUUGAGCCAUGUUUCAAAUUCACAUCCAAAACAAACGAAGUACAAUAUUUUCGAAAUUCGAAAAUGAAAACGGAAUUCUCAGACUAUUAUUCCUGGAACAAAUCAUCCGUGAAUAUCAAAUUUAGCAUAACACCAAAAACAUACUCUACCACGCUGACAGUAUUCCCAAAACCAGAUAACAAGGCUCAUAAAACGGAAGUGACGCACAAUUUUGACAACAGAGGGAGGUGGUCCGUCAAUAAUGCCUGUGCUUCUGCUGAAACAGAACAGAAUAAAGCAUCAAGUGAUUUGUUACGAAAAUUAGAAACCAUGUUAGAUAAACACAGUUCCUCUGAACAAGAUGAUACAGACUCAUGCGACAGCGAAGACAUUGAAGUGGAUGAAAUACUUCGCGGAGCAGCAGACGACUUAUAUCAAACGUGUGACGUAAUCAUGGAAGAAGAGGAAAACGAUGAAAUGGAUAUAACAUCUAUUGAUCAAACGUAUCAUCAAAACACGAAUGAACUCCAAACACAAUCAUUGUGCAGGCCUAACCUGAACUCGAACGUGAAUUUGAAUGUGAAUUCGUCAAGCUGUUUUCAACGGUACGACCAACAUAGUCCUGGACGACCAACAAAUCUUAAUAUUGGCAAAGAUACCAAUGCAAAUUGUACCCAUGUGACCUAUGUGCCUCGUUUUGACAUUUCGACACCUCCAGACACCUCGUUUAAUCUUUUAUCGACCCGUUGCAAUAAGAUAUCUGUCAUAUCCACAAGUCGAAAUUCUUGAUAUAAUGUUCAGGUUAAGCCUUUCAGAUUGGCUCAGUAGAAAAGGCUUGCUCCAGGAUCAUAAAAAAUGUUCGCUCCUACAAUGACAUAUUACACUGAACUAUAAAUUAAACAAGUGCCCGGAGUUCCUGAUAUAUUCAAUCUAAGCCCUCUGGAUAUAAUGCUCGGGAGAACAAGCUUGCUAUACUAUAGGAUAUUUAUUUUGUUUCUUCUUGAAAUGAUAUAGGCCUGCACAUUACAAAGUAAUACAAAUUAAAGGCAUUCAAUACAGUAGUCUGACUUAUAGCAAAUUGUUGUAAAGGAACAAUACAUGGUGAAUCUUAUAAUUAGAAAACGUUGAAGUCCCAACAUUAAUACUCUUCUUUAUUGGUUAAAGAUUUGUGGACAUGGCAAAUGUUAUUAGAUUGUUGGAAAUAGCAAUAUUCCUUUUGAAUUGUUCGGAUCAUAUUUACUGUCGAUUCAAAAGUCUUGGGGAUAUUUUUCAAAUCAAAAAGAGUUUCAAAUCAUGUUCCUAUUGAUUUAUUACAAGAAAUAUAGAAAUAAGUUUCAUUGACUUAAUGAAGUGUGAAAGUCAUAUGUUUUACUCAUUCAUAAGAUGAUCAUGCCUUUAUCAUUGUUUGAAAUUAAGUCUAGAAUCCAAAAUUAAUUUGAGUAAAUAGAGUUUAAAUAAUUAGUACAGCUUCGAAUUCCGAUUCAAGUGUAAAGGCAAAUCAAUCGUAAAGUAAAGUCAAGGUCAAAACUAUCUUUGUAAACCUGAUUGAAAGUGAAACGCACCUUUAAUGGCUCACUGAAAGCAACCAAUAAAAUGGGUUGAUGCGCAAGCGAUAUAUACAUACUAUCAGUGAGUAAAUUAUCAAAUGAAUUGUUGUUUUAUCAACGUUGAUUGAAAUAUUUGAAAACACUAAAACUAUUCCAAGGCUCAUUUAAUUAAAAUUAUUGAGUUGAAUGGAAUUUUUGCAGUACUCUGAGGGUCGUUUGGAAAUAAUCGAUUAAUGCGCGAUAAUUUUCUUGUCAGUGAUGAUAGUGUAAGUUGCUAGUCUGUCAUUAAAAACCUCAUGUUUAUACAGCAGCUAGGCAGGACCCUGUCGAUAAUUACACGCUCUUUGUGUCGCAUGGCUUUAGUUUUAACAGAAACUUCAAUUUUUCUACACGUACAUGGUUUCCAUUGGCAGAAAGACAUUAUUUUGAUUGGGAAAUAGACACCAAUCAAUUUACCGAAUUAAUACAUAAUUGGAUCUCACUUACACUCCCCUCCAUAAGUUUGGCAACCUACAUUUUUAUUGGAUAUGAUAUUAAAGUCUGUUAUUUUUUAACCUUCAUUG